AUGGUUCGAAGACAUAAACAUGACCUUGAAGUAGGAAAGAGUGAGCCAGGGAACUGGAAGAGUUCAAGAGCUUUGCCUAUUUAUACUGGAGCGAAGGUCAACGAUAAGAGGAGGCAGCGUUCGAAAGAAAACACACAGUUAAGGGACACGAUAUCUGCACCAGAACGACUCUCUGUGACCUUGCGUUAUUUAGCCACAGGUGAAUCUCGUCGUUCUCUAGCAUUCCAAUUUAGGAUAAGCCAUAGCUUGAUCACCCACAUCAUACCAGAAGUUUGCAGUGCAAUAUAUUCCGUCUUAAAGGAUACUCAUCUGAAACUUCCUUCAACAUCAGAGGAAUGGAAGCAAGUGGCAAGUGACUUUUAUAACAGCUGGAAUUUUCCAAUGUGUAUUGGAGCCAUGGACGGAAAACGAUUUUUAAUGAGGAAACCAGAAAAUACAGGAUCAGAGUAUUAUGAUUAUAAGGGUCACCAUAGUAUGAUAAUGUUAGCUCUUGUUGAUGCUCAUUACCGAUUCAUGUAUGUUGACGUAGGAGCUCAGGGACGCUCAAGUGAUGCAGGUGUUUGGGACCGUUGUAAAUUAAGAGAAUACCUAGAAAAAGAAAAGCUUCAAGUUCCACCACCUGAUACUUUGCCAUUUGCAGAUCAGAAAGUUCCAUAUGUAAUUGUUGGAGAUGAUGCAUUCCCUCUCAAAAAUUAUUUGAUGAAACCUUAUCCUGGCCAGAACUUAAGUGUCGAACAGAGGAUAUACAAUUACAGAGUAUCAAGAGCUCGUCGUGUUUCCGAAAAUGCCUUUGGUAUCUUUGUUGCCAAAUUUAGAGUGUUUCAACAACCUAUUCACUCAAGUCCAGCAAACACUAAGAAAAUCAUAUUUGCAGCAGUUGUUCUCCAUAAUUUCUUGAGAAAUAAUUCAAGGCAGCUGGAAAGUGGAAAUGUUGGUAAUGGUUUAGAAAACCAUGGACUUGAAAGUCUGAACAAUGUUGGAAGAAGACCUGCUAAUAAUGUCUUGGCAAUAAGAGAUAUUUUUAAGGACUAUUUCAAUGGUAGAGGUAGUGUGACAUGGCAACAAGAUGCAGCACUCUUGCAUUAA